GGACCUUGUUUUAAUUUUCUUCAUAAGGGUUUAUGUUUAAAAGUAAACUAUUGUCUUGCAAUGAUGGCUUCUUUUCAAAUACAAUUAGCAUCGUUGUAAUGUGUUAAGCACAAAACAACAUCUUCCAGAUUACAAUGACUGAUAGGUUAGAAUAUCACUAGGGCCUCAGAAAUAUAUGACUGUACAGAAUAUGUCAGAUAUAAAAUAUAUUAAAUUACAUGUGAAAUCAAUGUCAACCCCUCACAAAUGACCCAAGCAUUACCUUGUCAGCCCACAGAAAUGACUAAUGAUCUGGACCAUUAUUUUAAAGCGAAAAACACAUUAAAAAUCUAAACAACUUAACACAUUACUAAUACUCAAGUGGAAUGACAAGGUAACACUUGUUAGUGAGGGGUUAAUGUGUUUUUCACUUUAAAAUAAUGGUCCAGAUCUCUAGUAGUUCUAGUAAUUAGUAAUUAUUGAAUACCAAAUAAAGAAUUACCUUUGUCCUAAAUGUGCUAUUACUUACUGCUUAGUUCAUCUUGCUUCCAUAUUAGUUAGUAGUAUUAAGCUCAGUGUUAAUGUUGUACUACCUACUACUUCCUGCAUAGUCACUCAUUACCAACAGGCCAUUAUUUUAAAGUGUUACUGAUUUUGUAUAAGUAAUAUUAAUGUCAGAGUAAUUUGACUUACAGGGACCCCUGAUGACGCACUUACUAGAACGCCUCAGGUCAAGAAUAAAUGCAUUUUUAGGUGGCCAUCAGCUGGACUUGGACUAUUUUCAGUAUGUUAUAAAUCAAGAAGUGUUUAUUUUGUCAUCAGCCUCCACUAUCUUUGAUGUGCCAAAUGAUAUUUUGGAGACCCUCAUGGAUCUACAACAAAAAAUUCAUGCAGCUCUUUCCCAAGAAGUGGCCCCAAUUUUUACGAGGGAAUGUGGUGGUGGACGAGGUCGACCUAAGUUUAUUGUUUCUGAGGAAAUGCUGUCUCGGCUCAUUGAGAUGUUUUCUGGAAAGGAUGACACAGCUGGGGUGUAUCGUCAGGAGGUCAUAUUUUGUUCAAAAUCCAUUGUCCUUAGUCCACAUCGACACAAAUCACAAGCUCAUAAGGUACAACAUCAUCAUAUUCGGUGGGAUAGAUGGGUUCUCACGAAAGAUCAUGUACUUGGAACCAGCAACAAACAACCGUUCAAACACUGCCUUAUCAUUCUUUCUCCAGUCUGUGCAACAGCAUGGCUGGCCUUCAAGGUUCGGGAGGGACAGAUGGACAAUCAGAGGGACAAUCAUCCGUUACGGGUCCGGGGUGAUGAAGGUGUGGAAAAUGUGGCAAUUGCAGAAACCAUGUUUCAUGUGAAAGGGAUCGGAAGAGGAAGCUUCAUUUCUGGGAAAAGCGUACAUAAUCAGAGAAUCGAACGCCUGUGGCGAGACAUCUGGCUCGGCGUAACUCACCUGUAUUAUGAAAUACAUCACAGCCUUGAGGUAGAUGGCAUGUUGGACGUGUCAGAUUCCCUUCAUGUGUUUUGUGCACAUUAUGUGUUCCUCCCACGUCUGAAGCGUGACCUCCACACGUUUUCUGAAGGCUGGGACAAUCAUCCGUUACGGUCUGAAAAUGGGCUCACCCCUAACCAGAUGUGGAUAAUGGGACACAUGCACAACUCAUCUGGUGAUGAUGAAGAGAAUUUCCAGAAUUUGGAACUGUUUGGAACAGACUGGGAAACGUUUGACAGCAUUACAGAAUAUGAUGUUGGAGUUCAUGUUCCAGAAAUUGACUGCCCACUCACUCCUGCACUGAUGGAAACAGUAAAAUCCAUAUUUAAUCCUCUUGCAACAUCUGACUGUUAUGGCAGAGAUAUUUAUAUCUCUUUGGUUCAAUAUUUUGAAAGUCUUUAAAAUACACAAACAUGUGAAACCAUUGUAAACAUUUAUUUUACAAAUUGUGUACAUACUUUGACAAUUUCAACUAACACAGCAGCAAUUUAUAAAUGAAAAACAGAACAUUUAAUGAUUUUGUAUUGUUUAACACAAACAUUCUUUGGACAAAUAUUGUCAACGGAACAGUUUUAAACAAUGACUCAAUGAGAAGCUGAAAGUUGCAGUUUCAACAUGCUUUCCCCAUCAAAUACAUUUAAACAUUGUCAAAUGACUCUCCAUAUUUUAUAGCUGUUUCCAUUAUGCUUUUAAAUUCGUUCAGUGUUUUCAGGUGAGCUGUAGGAAAUGUAAUUGUGCGAGUACAUGCACUUACAGUUGGAAAACACACAGUAUGAUUUGUGUCACAGUCGUGAUUGAACUUCAGUGAUGUUAAAGUCCUUCUGGUCACUGGGAAGAAUAGGCUUAUGCCUCUGGCCUGUCAUCCACUGCAUAACUUUACCAGCAGUCAUUUGUUCAGCUUCACCUUCUGAAAAACAGGGGGGAACUUGCAGUGAAAUGAAAACAAGAUUAACAAAACUCAAAGUAUGUUGUGUCAUAAUAAUACAUACCACAAUCCUCAACUUCCUGUAGGAAAUCCUGGAAAAAGUUCAUUACAUUUACUUCUUUGGUGUAUUUCACAGAACCUUUGUCACUAAAGACAGUGUGGCAAUUCUCCAGAAUGAAGGCUGCAUCCACCUUAAAUAAAAGAGCAUUUCUAUUUGCAGGUCACAUAACUGGCCUAAUUGUAAAAUCACCACAAUGAUUUACCCUGUCAUCUUUUCCCGCUGGGACAAACAGUGGUAGACAUAAGUCUGGAUGCAUUUCCAUGACUUUCUGGAGAUCGUAGAGCUGCAGGCCUUUUCGCAGCUGAUCAAUCAUUGGAACAACUCUCAUGGUGGAGUGUAAAACAAUGGUUCUAGAGACAAUUUGACAGUUUCAUCAAUAUUUAAAACAUUGUAUAUUUUUUAGAGUGUGAAACUUGAUGCUUGCUGUUAUUAACUGUAAUAUUACAAAUGCAGAUAAAAAAACAUUUUGUACUCAGAGAAUAAAAAGUAACCUGA